AUGGGACUAAUCUCGCCUGGCAGUCACUUCUCUGGGUUUAAACUCCGCUGUUCCUGUGAGGAAAAGCGUUACCUAAACAAAAUAUACAGUGGAAAGGAGCUCUUAGAGGAUGGCUGCAAUACUCUUCAGACAAAUGGCUUCGUCACUGACUCGUCAAGUUAUCCACAUCAACAGAUUUUCGAUGAUGCUCACGUCAUCAAUGGCAACAUCCUUCAGAUGUUUUCGGACCCUGUCAGCAGCUCCCAGCUCACUGCUUUGGUCUUCAGCCAGAAUAAACUCUGUGCAACCACUGGGACAAUGUGA